AAAAUCAAAACCCUACUACCUCAGGGGUCGCGAUGAGCACCGAGGUGGAGAGGAUCGACGGGGAGAUCCAAGACAUCUUACGCGCUCUCCGAAAUGGAUUCCAGAAACUGGACAAGAUCACAGACAGUAACAGACAGCUUGGAGAGCUGGAAAAACUCACUGUCAAGAUGAAGAAAUGCAAGCUUUUAAUUAGAGAAUUUGACAGCGCAAUUGAAGAUGAGGAGAUUCGAAAUCUGCCAGAGGUGAAUUGGCAGCUUGUUGAGAAAAAGCAAUUAAUGAUAAGAGAGUUGAAUUCGUAUGUUACGUUGAGAAAAACGUAUAAAAUGAGCCUUGGUAAUAAAAAAGAUAAAGGAAUCUUUGAUAUGGGUAGCGGAGGUAGUGAUCAUUCUUCUAGGUACAACUUGGAAGUGGCAUCAGCAAUGUCUAAUUCAGAGCUCAUCUAUGCCGGAAAAAAAAGGAUGGAUGAGAUCGACCAAGCUAUCGAACAUUCCAAAACGGUUGUGGAGCAAACUAUCGAAGUAGGAGGUCAAAGUGCUGCAACCCUUAAGGCCCAAACUGAACAUUUGGGCCGCAUUGUCGAUGAGAUGGAUACGGCUCAGUUUUCCAUAAAAAAGGCUUCUCGAAAGGCAAAAGAACUAGGGCGUAAGGUGGCUACUGAUAAGUGCUUCAUGUUAUUUCUAUUUAUGAUCAUUUGUGGUGGAAUUGUUAUCAUGCUUGUCAAGGUUGUAAAUUCGCAUAAUGAGAACGCCAAAGAUAUGCAUGGAUUGACACCGCCUCCGCAAACCACCAGGAGAUUGUUAUCAGCUAAGUCUCAUAGAGGCUUUCGGUAUUCUUCGUAAGUAAGAAUUUGUAGGCUCGUUCGCUUGCAUUCGGAUUUAGGUUCUUAGCAACCAUUUUAUUUCUUAUCUUCAAGAAACAUAAUUCGCGAGCCUCGCAAAUCUUAUUAUUUUUUGUUCUGUACAUAUAACAUAUCUUACCCCUUUUCUUUCUUUCUUUCUUUUUUGUUUUUUUGAUUUGAGGUAUUUG